GUGUAGUUUCUCCUGGAAUGAUAAAAUCCUUCUUACACGGUGGCCAAAAUCCAACAAUUACACUCAUGAUGAUGAUGAUCACGACCUCACAAUGUACUUUACAUUUCAUCCCAAAAAACACCAUUUUUCUUUCUUUUCGUGUGACUGGCCCUUCCCUCCCUUUGUUUCAUAAAACCAGUGCCAAACUUUCCAUGUAAAAUGAACUCAAUCCUUUUUGGACGCCACCUUUAAAAGGGGGAAGACUAAACCCAAGGUCAAAAGGAUCGACUUGCAAAAAACACGACGGCGUCGACUCACUCACUUUCCGCCACCGAGACACGGAAAAAAAGCUCCUUUCAAUACAGUUGCGAUUCAACACUUUGGCUCCGAUCAAUACAUAUCAUACAUAAUCCAUCGACACCUUUGAAAAAAAAAAAAAAUAAUCUGUAAUCCUGAGCUUUUCAUUUAUUUUUUCCCAAAUGGAAGUCGCUGCAUCUGAUUAAACGCGAUCCCUGCUGCUUUCCACGCAAUUACAUUUCUCGGGGACAUUUAUUACGCUGAAAACAUCGGACACGUACACUUGAAGUAAAAGCAGAAUAAAACAAAAGCAAACGUGCCAGACAAAUGGAGCUACAAAACAAAAAUCAUACUCAGCCACUUUUCAUCGUUUAAUUGGGCCAUAAAAAGCAAACCAUCCAUUCAUUUUCUUAGCCGCUUAUCCUCAAUGCCACCAAAUCCCGUUUGGACUACGUAAAUGUGUGAGGUGUUUCCAUUUCCAUUUUUUCUACAAUACAGUAUACUCUGGAUAUCCAUCCAUUGUCUUCGGUGCUUAUCCUGACGAGGGUCACGGAGAGUGCUUAGUAGCAUCCCUCGCUCCAAAACUGGUCGGCUGCGUUGAACUCAUCCAUCCCAGUGGUGGUGCAGGCCGCAAUCCACGUGUAACUGUUUUGAUCGUUUGAAAUUGAAAGCGGCAAACCUUCCUGACGCGGUGCUCGGCUUGGGACCGUCCUACGGAUUGCGCUGGCUUGUGUACCCCAGAGGGCUGCAUUUUAUAUAUACGCACACGCACGCACGCACGCACCUCGUUUUUGUAUGUUCCUUCCGUGCCGGUGGGACUUUCCUUUGGCUUCCUCCCACAUUCCAACAACGUGGAUGGAAAAUUGUCAGUUGGUGUCCUGCCCGUCGACUUGGCACCAUUCAAAUUGGAAGGCGGACGAUGGGUUUAGUGGUCCCAUGGUGGAAAUGAAGAAAACUUCAACGUGUUGCAACAAUUUCACGCUUUUUAGCUCCAUGAAAAAAAAAAGAUCCAGGUGCAGACUUUGGAUGUCCGGCAGCCAAGCGGGACUUUGGGGGGGGGCUUUUCAACGCGUUUUGCUAGCGGUGAGCCGCUGAAUGUUCUCGCGGGCCGCAGCAGACGCAGUCGGUGACCCGGCCGGCUCCGUGGCACCGUCGUUUUUGCCACAAUGGAAACGAAGACGCGCGCGCGCGCACGCACGCUUUGCCUGCGAGACCUUGAGCCCCGCUUUUCAGCUGACAUUUUUCAUGAUCAUCUCCACAGCAAGCACCUCUUUGCCGAAGCCAGUCGCUUGCAUGCGUGGAACGUUCCGCGAUCUGACAGAAAGUUUCAAACGUCGCCAGACUUCCAUUUAUGCCUAUUCUGGCGACAACGCUGGAAGUGUUCUGCUUCCCCCGCGUGGCUGUUUUGCGCACUGGCAAGAGGUUGAUUGGGGCACAUUGAAAGCUGCCAGGCAGGCACGCUUGUGAAUUGUGCAUCUGUCGCUUUUUACAUUCAGAACGAGUUCGACAUUAAUUUACACGAAUCAUUCAAUUCAAAAGCGCGUGCGGGCCGGGUGGGGUACACCGCGGACUGGUUGCCAGACAAUCGCAGGGCAACGUAGUCCCUCGGAGAGAAAUCAUCUUCAAAUGAUGACAUUGAGUUUACAUCACAUAUCUUGUAUAUCCUCAAAACUCACCUUGCUCGCUUCUGCGGAUUGUAUCGCGUUCCAUUUACUGACUGGCGACCAGUUCAGGGUGUCGUCCAGCUGGGAUGGGCUCGAGCUUCAUUUAGAAAGUUCUCAAGGUUCUAUAGUACAAUUUCUUUCGGACGGUUCUCUAGAACUUUCUUCGGAACACAGUUUUAUAGAACACUGAUCCUAAAGUUCUGUUGAAUAUUCUUUGGAGCGUCUCUAAAAUGUCAUUAGACAGACCAGCUCUAUCGGACCCCGCCCCCGUGUGGAGCAAAAGGCUUGUUUGUGUCGCCCCCGAGUGGCGUUGUGGAAGAAUGCAGUUGUGAGAAGAAGCCCAACUAACCUACCUCAGCGGCGCCGAGCUUUGCCUUUUCGGUCCCGGAGGCUCCGGCGCGGCGUCCACUUGUUGACACAGUCGACGGAGCGACGGAGCGACGGAGAGGAAGAGACCGCUGGGGAGGGGGGAGGGGGGGACGCACAAUGGCGGCGGUGCCGUGCUCCAAAUGCACGGCAGAAAGAAAGGGCUUUCGGCGGGAACUUGACUCUUGGCGAUACAAGCUGAUACACUGCGUCGGUAUGCUUCGAGUGUCGUUUGCCUGCUUUCUUUGAAAAUCAAACAAAUGGCGACGCUCAACGGGGCGCAAGUCCGACACGGAGAGGUUUGCUCCACCCGGCUAUGUUACUCGCUAGCUAGUAAUUAGCUGCCCGGCUAGCUAGCUAGCUAGCUUCAACUCCGUUCGGUGGGCAGCCCAAAAGUGACAAGCUAGCAUCGAGCAGCUGGCUAGUUGACACCUUCUCUUUGCACCCCUCAACAUCAUGAAUACGACUCGUUUUCGACCUGCUAAAGUAUUUGAGAGGACGCUAUACAUGCAGUUUUAAUGUGGGCUCUCAUUAGCUGGAUGUAGUAAUUGCUACGUGCGGCGUUGUACACGCACACAAAAAAGAAUAACAAAUGGCGAACAGUGCUCGUAUUAAGGCAGUUUGGGGGAGGGGAUUACGGCUGAGAUAAAGCAACAAAUGGUUGGUCGCUGCACGUGAAGACGAUGUGCCUGGGUUUGAAAGCAUCCUGGAAGGAAUAUACGGUCCUAUGCUGACAAGAGAUCUGAACUUAUUUAAUGACUGUGAACCCGAAGCGGUAGCGGACUGGUCUCCGGAGGCAAACUGCUCAUUCUGCAGCCUUCCUCUGGAUAAACUCAGUGUUGUAGCACCUGCAACCGCUUUGCCCCUCCCCUCCCCCUCGGAUUUCUCUCUAUGUCAAGCUCCAAACAUCUCGGAGAGCAGCCAGACGGCUCACAAGUUCCUUCAAGCCGUGUUCCACAAGAACGAUGCGUCCGUACGCUGCGACGCCAGCAUUCCUCGGAUUGCCCAGGACCUGAUGAAGAAGAUGAUACGCCAGUUCGCCAUGGAGUACGCGUCCAAGUGCCUGCUCCGCACCACUUCGACGGAGGUGACGACGAGAAGUUCUUCGCCUUUUUCUUCGGAAACGUCGGAUGUCCCCUUGGACCUGACCGUGAGCAGAACUAAGGAGGAGACAGAAAGGGAAUCGGAUGCAGACGGGGUGCUUGACCUCUCCCAAAAGAACGACGUCAGCACAACUUCGUCGAAUGUCAUCGCCUUAGGCUGCCCGCCUCCUUGCGAUGAAGAAGAAUUGGGAAAUCGGGAGAAGAGGACAGCUAAGCGGCGAUCUGCACUGGACGUGGUGCUCGACUGCCUCUGCCCAGCACAUCGUUCCUUACUCUACCAGAUGCUGAAGUUGGCCCACAAGGAAAACUUGCUCUCCUCCCCCGCCCGCAAAGCAGUUUUUCCGACAGAAAGCCACUGCCGCCGUUGUGGAUUAGGCGCAGAUGAGGUCACCCUCGAGAAGUGUACCACGCGCCACGGCGCUUCGUUCUGCCCUUUGUCCGAUUGCGCUCAUCAAGGCUGCACAAGCCCAACGUGCCUUCCCGGAGAGUUGCCCUUAAAAGCCUGUCGCGGUGUGGCUCCGUUUGACCUGAACGGCCACAGCACGCAAAGUUGUACCACGGACACUCGCGACACACUGAUGUGCCCCAAGAGGCUCCGCUGUACUUUCAGUCAAGGUCUGCCUGCAGAUCAAAUCGAGAGCAUGGUGUGUUCCUUUGCUCCUCGCUCUGCGGUUUGCUGUAGCCGACACCCCGACCCUUAUUUACGUGUUAGGAACCGCGCCCGUGUGAGCCAUCUUAACGCAACCACGGGAGAUCGUGACCCCCCUCCUCCCGUCCUGAAAAGAGAACAGAGCCCUUCUCCUCCUCCGCUUUCUCCAAUCCAAUCAGAUAUUCAGAAAUCAACGGAUGAAAUGCCACCUUCCCUGCUUCACCAUAAGCAAGAGGGAGAAGCUGCCCGCGCGGUUAAAGAUCAUCCGAAUAUGCACCGGGAGCUGAUUGUAGCUGCGGCAAAAAGACAAGCUCUGGAGUCUCGGACUCCAACAAGUAGCCAAGUUGAGAACCAAAGUGGGACUUUACUGCAAGAUGUUGUGAACCGUUUUAGUGAGAAACUUGAUACCAUCAGACCUCCAGCUCCGGCUCCGGCCUCCUCGGCCAUUCUUUCUGAACAGGAGCAGCGACGGUCCUCAACCAGCCAAAACCUGCAGUUUCCUGCUGAUGCCCAUUUGACUGAAAUUAUCACCACUGUGCUUCAUACGCACAGUCCCAGCGACUAUAACCUCAGUGAGCUCUUUAAUCGGCACGAUAGCAAAGGGUCCAGGUUGCCUAAUACACGCUUCCGUCGUCGCCAAGAAGCGCUCGCUGCGAUGGCGAGAAAGGCUGACGGCGCUACAAGCCGAAGGCAAAGUUUGAAAAUCAAACGAGAGCUCGCAAUGUUGGACGCGUCAUGCGGCAAGAGGAGGUCAUCGCGUGCAAAGAGAUCGCCGUCAAACCGUGUUAACGGCGCUGUGAACGCAUCGGGCCCUUUGCUUGACUUCAACCUAAUGCCAGAAGAGGAACGAGAAACCGAGCGGAACACGGACCGUCGAAGCCUUAACGGGCUCCCGCUCAAUAGCGGCCCCGCAAGUAGCAGAAAUGCAGUAAAAGCGGAUGAAACCCGGGGAAAAAAGGAAGGGGAAAUGGAUGAAAAAGACCUGAGCCAAGCAAUUUCCCACGAUUUGCAAAGCAAAUUUUCUAACCCUUCUUCUCGAGACGCUGACGUGCAACCGCAGGUGGAGGCUCAGUGUGAGCGACGUUGCCAAGAGGACAAGGUCAGUGCAAACUGCCACGCCGGGAUUUUUGAAUACCCCCCGUCAGGGCAACGCUGUGGCACUGCUGAUCGUGAUGAUGGGUCAGUUGAAAAGCAAAGUCAAAUUAUCAUUACAGACUGUCAUCCAGGUCACGAAAACCCCAACACUGAGUCGAGGAGGUCACGGAGAAACAUCGUGCCGCCACAGCGGUUCUCCUCUUACGUCACCGAAACCAGGAAGAUGUUCUUUAGUAUAUUUAACCAGAGAACUCCGAAUAAGAACGAUGUCACGUGUGGUACCUCAGAGGCCUUAUUUCAACAUGGAGAUGUUAAGAGUGCUGACUUUGAAUCAAAAACCAAACCAUCUAAUCUCCCAGACACCUUUGUACUAACCGGUAGAGAAGGAAACUGUUCGUCACGUACGGAAUCAACAGAACAAAACCAGGAUGUGCAACAAACUCCGGCAGUCAAAGAGACUGCGUGCACUGCCAAACCUUUGGGAGAGACCCGACCAUAUCCAAAAAGACCCAUCUCAAGUACUGCAUCAAGAAGGCUGCAAUACCCAAAUGUCAGUGUUAUGACGAGGUCUGCUGCCUGUGCAAAGGAUACUUGCACCGAUCUGUUCCAGUACGCGAGCCCAAUUAAGUUAAUGUUUGUAUCACCUUUAAAAGAAGGUGUCAUAUAUAGGCUUAAAUCAGCAAAAUCUUGCUCAGAUGCACAGGCAGAGGAAGUCUUUGACCCAUGCAAGGAAUCCUCCUGGGCAGGGACACCCGAGAAGAAGGAAAGCCAAAUCACUGAAUGUAGUUUGCCACCUACCAGGGCUAACGGCAAAUCCAUGGCCUCAUUUGAUACAUCUCCGCGGCACAUGAGGUCUUCUCCUUCACAGCGACUGAAGUCCGGUGCGUCACCGGCCGAGCCACCUUUGUUAACUCCCAUUUGUGCUUCGGGUUCUUCACCAGCUAAGCUUUUGUCAUCGCAUCAGUCUUCAUCGGCCGAGUCGGCUCCUGCUCCAUUUAAGUCGGGUUCUUCCCCAGCUAAGUCCUCUUCCUCAUCACCAAAGUCGUCUGGAAAAUGUACGUCUUCAUCACCAAAAACAAAAAUGGCCUCAAAGAGAUCAGGUGAAGUUACUCCACCUAAGAAUCCAUUUGGAAUGGAGAGCCAAAGGUCAUCUCGGGACUUGCAGUCGUUCCAUGAAAUCGCUCCCCUGAAAAGACGCCCGGGCCGGCCAAAGAAGUUGGGGCCGCAUCUGGAGCAGAAAGUGAAGAGACCAAUCGGUCGACCGCGUAAACAGAAGCCUGAGCGUGCAGCAGCAGGGACAGGCGUGCCAAAUGUACCAGCAGACAUGGAGGGCAAAGUCAACAAGAACCUCAAAAUAACUGUGGUCUACGGCCGUUCGAGAAGAAACAAACGAAUGGUUUCGGAGAGUUUUGAUCAGCUCCAAACAGAGUUUAGCAAUGCCUGUCUUAAGAAGGACCCGAGUGUAGCACGAAGCUAUAAAAUGGAUUUAAGUAAUCCCGAAAUGGAUUCACCGGAAUUCCCUCAGGGUUUGCAUGAUGCCAACCCUAUAAAGGAGGCCACGCUACACCCUAGCAGUAGGAUCAAGUGCCAAAAAAGGGAGAGUCCUUUACCCUCGAGGAAACCAGGUAGACCGGCAAAAGUUAAAAUCUCUGGAAUCUCGGUCACUGUGACCACAGUGUCACCAAAGCAACGUCAAAUUUGGAUGGGGAAGGAGUCUCCCAAAAGAAAAACCAACAAGAAAGCUCUACUGCCACGAUUUCAACACGCUCAAGGGCCCAGGAAGACGGUUGGUUGUCCGUCUGUUUGUGAAAACCUGCAACCAGCGGGACCAAAAGAAUCUCAGAGGAAAAACGGGCGAGCGCAAAAUCAGCCUCUAGCUGUGCGUCAUUCAAAGAGAGUGAGUAAGCCCUCGGUGUAUUUUCUGCAUGCCGUUGCCACCUGCAGAACUCCAACAUACAGUCACAGUAACGCUCUCUUACGACGCUCCAAACAACUUCUGUUGAACAAGGCCUGCAAUCAAAGAAAACAAGAAAGACACCCGAGGAUAGAACAUUCAGUCUUGAAAGGCCGCCCUUGUCAACUGGGGCCAGAGGACAUCUCUCAGGAGCUCACUCGAAUAGCAGCUAUUUCUUUGGACUCAAUAUUUGCUCCCAAAGAGACACUCCGUUGGUGGGCAACAUCGGCUGAAGAAAGGACCUUGAACCAAGAGCUCGCCAGACGCAUUCAGCUCAUCUCUGACACCUGGGUCUCGGACACGGUGGAGAACCGGAGGGUAGACUUCCAGUUCCAAGUAAACACCGGUAGUAGUUCCUCAGCCUCUAAGUCCAAACAUUCUUCAGUCGUUCAAACGUUGUUCAGCUGCCCCCCUACUAAACCCAGAUCCUGUAGUAUGCAGCAACUCAGUUCCUGGUUCAUGGAGACGACAGAGACGCAGUCACUGGCGAUUGUCAAGAAGACCGGCUCCCGCAACCAUUACGAAGUUAUGCACUUCCCUCGCUCAGUCAACAAACGAGGUGGCAAGUGUCAAAGUCCUCAGGCAGAACGACUCCGCAGACAUGUCAAGAAGUUUGCCAAAACCUUGCCAAAGAGUCCACUCCAGCACGAAAAAGCCCAAAAAAGGUUGAGGGAAAUGAAGGGAGCUCCAUCAAUCCAAAACACGAGGCACCGACUCCGAGGAACUAGAUGGAGGCGGCGGCGGCGGCGGCGGCCCUUCAGCAAAUACAAGGCCACGCUGCUCCGGGUCAGGAAACUCUUCCAAACUCAAAAAGAAAGGAAGUGGGCAAAGGAAAGAUACACGCAAGGAACUGCCUGUAGGCCACACACGGUCGUUGGACUUGGACCAAAAGAGAAAGCGGUGACAUUGCCGUCUGACGGUUUGGAGAGCAGUCCCGGCGCCGAAUCUGAGGAGCCAAAAGAGCGAAAGAUCUGCUCGAAAGCCUGGAGUCCCGAGUCCAUUAAGGAAUGCCGAGUAUUUCUGAAAAAGAUCAAGUCCGCAGACGACAAAGCGGCGCAAGAGUGGGACGCCUGUACCGUGACACUGGAUGAGAAGUCAGCUUCUGCAUUUGUGUUUGCCGGAAAGAAGAGGCAACUGGUCGGAGUCGUUCGAGCUGUGAAAAGAAAACGCUGCGCCGACGGCAGCGGCGCGACCCCUUCGGUGCGUGAAUCACUCCAGAUGGAACUGGAUGAAAUGCCUUUAGGGAGGCGCAAGGGCAAAUGUCCCGGCCUCGCGUCUGCCCGAGCACCACCUGCCAAAAAGCUGCGACAAUCUCGGAUGAAGGGCUUAAGUGGACCGAGGUGGUGUGACUUUGUGCUGGGAAGCUAGACGACACACGAGGCCUCCGUCCUUCGUGGGGAUCGGACUCUGGUGUUUUGUGGUGCCUUUGGACACUGAGCUGACCGUGUGGAACUGAGCAUUACGCCACGGUUCAGUCUCGCCCUCAGCAAUUAUGUAGCAGUCUAACUUAAGAAAAUGUUGAUGUUGCACUAUUUUUUUUUUUUUUUUCCCUUCUUUAUAACGUUGAGAUUUGACUUUUUGAACGUAGCCUUCUUUCACGAAGCAAGCCUCGUCUGAAGAGCCCGGAAGAGUAUUCUGCCUCUUCCACCACAAACCCGCCAAACAAAAGUCUGGCACAAUGGCUAGAAAUGUUCGGGUAGGACGUCUCAAAAUCAGUUGGGUUUUCCAACAUCAUGGUGGGGGCGAAUUGUUUUCAGUGCUAGCAUCCUCGCGGUUUGAAGCCACAAGUUAACAAACACUGUCACUAAGUCAAGUGACGGACUGAAGCACUCCUUGUUUCAGGUCAUUCAGAAUCACCAAAAUGAUGGAAUUUUGUUCAGUGCCCCAAUAAUGAGAGAGAGGAUUUUGGUUGGCAUCCACUUCCAAUGUACUGGCUUCAUCCAGCAUCUUCCCAAGGUCUUUAGCUUACGUCCUCGCGUGGACUCGCGCAUUUCUGACCAAAACACCUCUGGAACACAAAGCCCGUCCGUCUCCUUCCCGAGCGGUGUGAUGGCUGGACGUUCCUGUGAUGUUUGUACUUGCGUGUGAUUGAUUUGAAGAGAAGAAGGUGGCACCUUCGUGCAUCUGGAAAUUGCACCCAAGGAUGAGGCAGACCGCCAUUUUCCCCUCCGACUUCCCGGCUUGACUUCAAACAAGGAAGCGGGCAGCUGCGCCGUCGGUGAACUCGCACGUCGUCAGCUCGCCCAGCGGGAGCUUCCAAAGCCGAAAGCCGUGACCUGGACAUCUGGACUUACGUACGUAAACGUGAUAAAUCUCGAAUUGUGUGAGCAAAUGACACAAUUCAAAGAUUUUGGUGAUGCCGACUGACCUGAAAAAGGAGAACUUCUGUCCGGUUUGACUUCAGACAGUGAAAAGUGUGUCAACUUUCCAUGCUUGUUGUAUUAUUCGUCUUAAAGCAUUUAAAGUUUGUGCUCUUGAAAUUGAGAAGUCCAAACAAACGUUGCCGACGGCAGGUCACGACGUGGAAAAAAAUGAAGCGCGAAAAAUGGAAUUGGAAUCAUGCAGUAUUUUACUAGGUUUUGUACAUAGACUUUUUUUUUUUUUGCGCAUUUACCGUUACAAUUGGGACGCCGCCAGCUUCAGAUGUACGUCUUGCACUAUCCCAUUUCAGAUUUAGCCCCCCCCCCCCACCAUCAUAUUUUGCACAUUCUAUUAAAUUUCCACUACCACCAGCUACUGUACAACAAGAGAAUCAAACGCGGUGCAAUAGAAACACACAAACGCUUUCGUCAUUUUAGAAUCGAGCGCAACGAGAUGACCUGGCCUGUCGCUUUAAGUCGAGCGGACCGACGACGGCCGUUGGAGUUGGCGCGAAAUAUUUGGGAGGGACGCGAGGGUUGUACUUUUUUUUUUUUUUAAUAUUAUUGUUGAGUAGAAUUAUGCUAGCCGGCAGGCAGUUGUCGUCUCUGUUGUAGUUCAACUUGCCGACGUCGCGAUUAGACGCCAACUCGUGCCCGGAAUUACUCACUAACCGCUUUGACGCCAUUUUUGGAGGAGCGUCCAAAAGCUUGGCAACCGGCGGUCGGCGGACGUUCCGAUGGGAGCAGAUUUUUGAUAUGAAUGUAACUUUUCAAGAGCGUCGGGCUGAUCCUCUCAUUUUUUUGGCUACGUCGACUUCGUGCCAACACUUUUUGGGCUGACGGCAGCUAAUUCGGCUUUCCUCUGAUCGGUUGCCAUUUGUUUGUCUUUGCUCGUGAUGUUGAUCAGCCGAACUGAUUUCAGGCAGAACAACGUCUGCGACUCGGGAAUGAGCGAGUCGACGUUUUCCGACGGCGGAAGUCAACGAGCGGGCCCGACUCCUCCGUUUUGAACUUGUCAGGUCAGUACGGCCGUCGAGCGGAAAAGCGGGCUUGGCUCUCUUUUUCUUACGUUCUCAUUUAUCGUGCCUUCCUUUGAAGAAUGAGAAUUGGACACUAAUCUUGGAGGAAACUCGGCUUGGUCCCUGGGAGGGUUUUGUUUUGUUUUGACUUUCGCUGUACAAAAUAUGUGCCCGGCGACCCGUCUAUUUAUGUCAGUGUGGUCACAUUUUAUUUGGGGGGAGGGGGUGUAAAUCCACUUCCAAAAACUUGGUGCUAAAUCUGUUGUAUAUUUUUCCUCGUGGUUUUAUACAGAUGCAAAACGAUGACUGUUUGGAGAAAUAAAAGGUUUUUUUUGUUUUGUUUUCUUAACCUUAAACAUCCAGUGAGCUUCACAAUUUUAAUAAAGCAGAAGCCAGAGGUGAAAAUAUGGAAUCGCACUGUUUGCAUUCCUCUUAGUCCCGUAUUCAAAACAAAUUUCCUCGUUAAAACUCACGUUGUAAACGCAGACG